AUGUGUUGGAAGCACCCUGGAUCCCUGUACAGGUUAAGAUAAACUAUCCAUACAUAAAUCACCCCACAUCAACAAAUUAAUAUCCAAUGCCUGUUCCAUAUGCACAGGACCUGAUGCAGCUGGCUGGCUUCAAAUAAUAUGGAUGGAUCACAUCUACUGAUGACUGAGCUGUCAAGUUAACCAACAUGUUUCUGUUGCCAUCCCAUCCUGACACAUAGAAGAGAGUAGAGAUAAAGCCUGGAAGUCCCAACACCUCAGAAGACGAAGCCAACCCCCAGACCACUCCGCACUCGCACCAGCACUGGAAUUCAGUCUGGUUGUAAGGACUAAUCAGGAAAGAGAUGCUGCCGAACCCUAAUGACCUGUCUGAGUUGGACUCAGUAGAAGUUACAGAACUCCAGGAAACCCAAACAUACCACAAAUGUAAUAAGCCGUCAGGUCAUGUAUCUACAUCCCAGAAUGGAUCUAAAGUUAUGGCUUUUCUCAAGAGAAAUGCUUUCGUUGUUCUCACAAUGGCCAGUGUUGCAUUAGGGAUUGGCCUGGGCUUUGCUCUACGACACAUUAAUAUGACAGCCAGGGAUGUAAAAUAUUUAACCUUUCCUGGAGAGCUACUGUUGAGACUCCUGCAGAUGUUGGUGCUUCCUCUCGUCAUUUCCAGUGUGAUUGCAGGAAUUUCAUCUGUGGACAAGAAGGCUUAUGGGAAGAUUGGGCUAAGGGCCUUCUGCUAUUACAUGGUCAACACAAUUAUUGCUGCAUUCACUGGCAUUGCCUUAGCUGUUCUUAUCCAGCCAGGGAAAUCAUCCAGAACUGCCUCAGUGUCCUCUAGUGGUCAUCCACAGGCUGUGCAGACUGUGGAUUCCUUUCUAGAUCUAAUCAGAAACAUGAUUCCCUCCAAUCUGGUGGAAACUUGUUUCCGAAAGCACAAAUCCGGUUAUUCUGGGAGUGUUUCUACAGGAAAGAGUCUUGAUGUCAUCAAUAUGACUGAGACCAGUGAAAACAAUCACACAGUACCAGUACUAGUACCAGGCACCAUAGACAGAAUCAAUAUUUUGGGUCUAUUGUGCUUCUCUGUUGCGUUUGGACUCAUCCUGGGCAGUAUGGGCACAGAGGGAAAACCUCUGAGGGAUUUCUUUGACUGCCUGAACAAAGCCAUUAUUCAUCUGAUCAACAUAUUCAUUUGGUAUACCCCAGUGGGAAUCCCCUUCCUGCUGGCAGGACAGAUUUUGAAGAUUACAGACAUUGGAGAGAUAGGUCGAGUAGUUGCCAUGUAUACUCUCACCGUGAUCACUGGCCUCCUAAUCCACGGCCUCCUCACUCUUCCCCUCAUCUAUUUCGUGGUCACACGAAAGAAUCCCUUCAGGUUCAUGGUUGGUGUACUCCAGGCUCUCACCACUGCCUUUGGGACUGCAUCAAGUUCUGCAACCCUACCUGUUACCCUCUACUGUAUGGAGGAAAAUCACAACAUGGACAAACGAGUGACGCGCUUCCUGCUCCCUGUAGGGGCCACAAUGAACAUGGAUGGUGGAGCACUCUAUGAAUCUGUAGCUGCUUUAUUCAUUGCCCAGAUUAAUAAUGUGGACUUUGACGUGGGUCAAAUUAUUGUCCUCAGUUUGAUUGUCACAUCUGCAAGCACUAGUGCAGCAGGCAUCCCACAGGCCGGCAUGGUAACCAUGAUGAUUGUGUUGGAAUCAGCUGGACUGCCCACUGAAGACAUAUCACUGCUCAUUAUGAUGGAUUGGAUCCUGGAUCGUCUAAGGACUCCCAUCAAUGUGCUGGGUGACUGUAUCGGUGUGAGUGUAGUGCAGCAUCUGUCCAGACAUGAGCUGCAGCGCUCUAGUCCUACAGAAAAAAGCUUGGUGGAAGAAAGCUCCCUGAUCUGAGCUCCAUGAGGCUUGACAACAUCUGUGUCCAAUGACUAAGAUUCUAAGGAAUUAAACUAAGGAACUAAACUAAUUUCCACUAAGGAAUUAAAAGAACACAUGAGGGAAAGGGAUCAAGCUAAAUUAACAGCAAUUUCAUCGAGUCUGAAAUCAGAUUGGCAAAUAUACUGUAAACUAAGAAAUUGUUACUAUAUCAAAUAAGACGAAAAAGAAACUGUAUUAUGAAAAUAGAAUAAAUGAAAUCAAACAUGAUAGUAAACAAUUAUGGAAUACUUUGAAUUAUCUAUUGAGAGGAAAUACUAAGUCCACCCCAUCUUAUUUAGAAAUUGGAGGGGAAUUUUUUACUAAGCCAAAAGACAUAGCAAAUCAUCUAAAUAGUUAUUUUAUAACCAAGAUAGAUAAGUUAAAAAGCACUGUACAGCCAAAUAAUACAGAUUUAUAACAUAUAUUAAUAGAUCAUAUUAUGGAAGGCAAACAGUGUUGCUUUGAAUUCAAGAAAGUGAGUGUUGCUUAAGUUGAACUAAUGUUAAUGACUUGUAAGGAUAAACCACCUGGGGUUGACGAUCUUGAUAGCAAGCUGCUCAGGCCCAUAGCUUUAUUAUUUUUAAUGAAAAUGUAUGUCCUCAAGCAUGGAAAAUGUCCAAAGUAGUGCCAAUACCAAAAAAUAAAAAGUUGCUGUUUUCUGAAUCCAAUAGUCGACCUAUAAGUUUAUUACCAAUUUUGAGUAAGAUAAUGGAAAGAAUUGUGUAUUAACAGGUUCAGUCUUAUUUUACCAAUAAUAAUUUAAUCACCAAUUUCCAACAUGCAUAUAGAGAAAAGUAUUCGACAGCCACAGCCUUGACUCAAAUGGUUGAUGACUGGUUUAAGGAAAUAGAAGAGAGGAAUUUAUAGGAGUAGUGUUGCUUGAUUUUUCUGCGGCUUUUGACAUCAUGGAUCAUGAGUUGAUGUUGAAAAAAAUUAAAUGUUAUGGUUUUUCUCAUUCUGAAUUUUUGUGGUUAAAUAGUUAUUUGAGCGAUAGAAGGCAAAUAGUGUACCUAAAUGGAAGUUAUUUAGAUGUUACACAUGUGAAACAUGGAGUGCCUCAGGGAAGUUGUCUUGGGCCACUUCUGUACACAAUUUUUACUAAUGAUCUUCCUUUAGUAUUACAAAAGGCACGUAUCUCGAUGUAUGCUGAUGACUCCACAAUAAAUGUAGCAGAAGCAACAAUUAGUGAUUUAAAUAUAAAUUUAGAUCUGGAGUUGAAGUUGGUUGUAGAUUGGAUCAACAGUAAUAAACUUAUUUUGAAUGUGUCUAAAACAACCAGUGUUGUAAUUGGAACAAACUAUUCUUUAUGUUCAAAACCAAAGCUUGAUCUUUGUAUAAAUAACAUGUUAAUAAAGCAGGUAGAAGAAGCCAAACUUUUGGUUGUUAUCAGAGAAAGUAAAUUAUCAUGGGAUAAACACAUACAGAGAGUGGUAACUAAAAUGGGAACCAGUUUGUCUGUAAUUAAGAGAUGUGCAAAAUAUCUGACACAACAAACAAUUAAACAAGUAAUUCAAGCUUUGGUUUUAUCUCAUCUGGAUUAUUGCUCAGCAGUUUGGUCCAAUACUUCAUUUGGUAAUAUAAGAAAAUUGCAACUGGUCCAGAAUAAAGCGGCACGUGUAGCUCUGUCUUGUGGGUGGAGAACAAAUGUAAUUAAAAGGCAUACAUGUCUCUCUUGGUUUGAAGUGAGAAAUAGAUCGCUAUACUCAUUGAUGGUUUUCAU